UUUUCAUGAAAUUUAAGUUUCCUGAGAGUUUCCGAAAGCAGUGAGUAGGUGCUCUUGGUGUGGAAAGCGUCAUCGGUACGGUCGAAUGGAUCGCGUCAAAUUAUAGACACACACGCAUAUCCACAUACAUACUUUAUAUAGAUUGACGCCUGUUGGCACUGCAUUUUUGCUGAGAUUUUGUGCAAUGAAUAGUAUGUACGUAAAAAUAAUAAACAUUUUUAUUUAUUUUCAUUAAUAUGUGUGUAUAUUGUGUCUGAAAGCGUUCGGGUGAAGUGCUCGCAGUGGAUUGAAUUACAAUUAGUUUUCUGAAAUAAAUAAAUAAAUAAAAUACGGACAUACAUAUGCGCAUAUAAAGCCAAGAUCAGGCGGUUACUUACUAACUUUAUCUGUGUGUGUACAUGUGUGUGCUAUGCGGCUGCAAUGACCAUUGCUCCUUCUAAGUAGCUUCUUGGGGAACUCACGAAAACGCAAAUUGUGAUAACCAAUAUCGCCAGCGGUUUUGAAUUUCACGUUUGAGUACUUAAGCUAAACAUAUUCACACAAACAGAGGCUAAAAUAUGCACAUGUGCCACAUGAGUACAUACACUGAUUCGCAUUGUACUUUGCAAGCAUAUGUGAGUUUUUGUAUCCCCAUCCUCCACCUUCCUUCGGCAGCCCCUCUUCGGUAGUCGUCAAUAUGCAAACGAGCAGCAGCAUUAGCAGUCACAACUGCCAUAGUCGCAGCCGUAACGAUGUAGCACCCAGAGCAACAGUCACUCCUGGUACGCCCGAUUCAGCGGGUAUACUAAUCGAUGCUGCGGGACAGGCUGUUUUUGAAAAACGCAAUAAAACGAUAAUGCAUUGCUUUCGCGACCGCACACCAAGUUAUACACGCACACAACAACAUCUAUGCAGUCAGAAUAGUCAGGAGCAGCCACUGACGCAACAAGUUGGAUUUAUUCGCCGACGACAGAAACCAGUAAUUUAUUUAAAGGAACCCCGUCCAAUCAACAAGCUGGCGUUACUAAAAAGUGCAAGUACACGCGAUUUGUCGCGCUUCUUAGUUGAGGAAAGUGCGCCCGUCGUUUGUACACCCACUGUAGAGGCAACACAUUUCAAUAGUGCAACAAAUAGCAGCACCAGCUCGGCAUGCUCAGCGCAGUCACCAGCAGAGGAGCACAAACGUCAGAGAGCACGUGAGCGCACAUACUGCGAGGAAUAUUGCGCGGAACGCAUUACCGAGCUGGAGCAACGCGUCACCCAGCUGGAACAGCAAGUGCAAAAUGAACGCACCGUUGGACAAGAGCUGUCCACACGCUUACAAGGACUCAUACAGCGUGUAGAAGAGCUGAACCACUUGAAGGUGUCCGACAAACGGAAACGCAGCAGCAUGCGCAAGAAAACUGCACAAGCCAAUGCAAAUGUGAAUGCGCAGGUAUCGGUGCAGCCUUCAAAAUUGGUGGCGUGGAUGAAUUUGUCAAAUUGGUUUAAGCAGCGUCCGAGCAUUGCUACGCUGAAAGAGCAGAAUAUCUAUAAUGAUGAACCCUGCUUCGAUACGGAAAUCGAAAUGGUACUCAAACAUGAGGUGCACAAAACCGUUCCGAAAAUCGUUGUGGACUGCUGUGAUUUGAUCGAGGAACGUUACCGUAAGGCUUCGGAGCCCAUCGAGGGUAUUUAUCGGCAGUGUGGCGAUUAUAAUAAAAUGCAAAGUCUGCGUUUUCGCAUUGAUGCAAAUGAUUAUGAGUCAUUGCGUCAACCGAAUGUCGACAUUCAUACAUUAACUGGUGUGCUGAAGUUGUUUCUGCGGGAAAUCAAAAGUCCUCUUGUUAGUGCAAAUGAAGCGAAAACGUUCAUUGGAAAACCGAAUCAGUGGUUACUAACGGAUGUAACUGCGAAAAUCGAUAUUCUAAAAAGACUGAUCCGUACAUUGCCGGAAGUUAAUCGUGAUACCAUGAAUUACAUAUUUGCUCAUUUCAACAAACUGACGAAGGUACCUCUACAGCAAGUGAGCGCCGAUACGCUUGCCAUUUCCAUUACACCCACGAUUUUCCAUCCCGUGCAUAAGGGCACAAAUACACAGGACUUACAAGAGUUAAUUAAGGAGAGUCAACUGCUGGCAGAUUGUGUUAAAAUUAUGAUCGAAUAUCAUAGUCGUAUAUUCGAAUGCUCGGUAGAGCGACGGCAUAAACGCAUCAGUGUGCGACGCUUACGCAAGACGCUCUCACAACCGGAUUUGAUUUUUCAAAAUUUCUUUUAAUUAAAUAGUCAUAUGACUGUAUUACAAAAUUCUGGGUGACAAAAUUCCAUAAAUUGCAAAAAAAUUCUGCUUUUUUAAAAUUCUGCUUUUUAAAAUUCUGCUUUCCAAAAUUCUGCUUUUUCAAAAUUCUGCAUGUUUAAUGCGAAAAAUUCUGCUUUAUUCAACUUUUGUGAUUUUCGUCAUACAAGAAGUAACAAAAUAAACAUUUAUUCCAUAAAUAUACAUAUGUAUAUGCUUAAGCGAUAACAAUAUUUUAGUUUAGCCAAUUACAAUAUUUUUUGGAAUUCUUUUUAAAUAUGUAGUGUGACUUAAUUCAUUUCUUUUCUUAAUAAUUCUUCGCAGCUGUUCGUUUUUUUUAGAAGAGUUCUACGCAAAAAUACUGUGGAUUGCGUAGCCGGAGUUGAACUGAUGAGGGUUAUUUUUUUGAAGCGCGACCAAAGGCCGCCCACGCGAAAAGGAGUUCUACGCAAAAAUACGGUGGAUUGCGUAGCCGGAGUUGGACUGAUGAGGGUUAUUUUUUUUGAAGCGCGGCCGAAGACCGCCC